AUGCUCAAAGUUGCAACAACAGCCACCACCCGUGCAUUUAUCAAGAAUGCUCACCCAUCCCUUUUCGCAACCGGUGCCAUUGGCUUGCGACAUCAACAACGUUUUUAUCAACCUAGCAAGCCGACACCCAUGUCAACACCCGCUGAUGACAUUCCAAAGGACGUCCUUCGUGAAAUCCAAUCAACCCACCCUCUCCCAAUGCGUGAAGAAUUCAUGGGGGAUAAGAAGCUCACCACGCAAGAGUUGGAGAACCUAGACAUUGGUCUUGACAAACACUACAAGCCUAAUACCAUGAGUGAUCGUUUUGCCUAUCGCCUCGUCAAGACUUUGCGUUUGCUUCCUGAUACAUACUUCCGAAAUGAUUAUUACAUGCGUGCUGUUAUGCUCGAAACCAUUGCUGCAGUGCCUGGUAUGGUAGGAGCUAUGUUACGGCACAUGCGCUCAUUGCGAAACAUGGCCGAUGACAAUGGAUGGAUUAUUCAUUUGCUGCAUGAAGCUGAGAAUGAGCGUAUGCAUUUGAUGACAUGGAUGAAGUGCCUUCAACCCAGCCUUUUCAAUCGUCUACUCGUAUUGGGUGCCCAAGGUGUCUUUUUCAACAGCUACUUUUGGUUGUAUGUCUUUUCUCCCAAGACAGCUCAUCGCAUGUGCGGUUAUUUGGAGGAAGAGGCUGUAGUCUCAUACACUCAUUUCCUUAAUGCUAUUGACAAGGGCGAGUUGGGUAAUUCAAGAGCACCCGAAAUUGCCAUUGAAUACUACAACCUUCAGCCAACUGCCACCAUCCGUGAUGUGGUAUUAGCUGUGCGUGCCGAUGAAGCGCUGCAUCGAGAUGCCAACCACUUUUUGUCCGAUCGCAUUUCGCAACACCGUGAAAACCUUCUAGAUGAUGUCAAGGAAAAACACAAAAUGGAGCAUCAUCAUCAUGAACCAUCUCAUGCGCAUUGA